GACACAACUACAAUAAGGUAAACGGAUUCGUUUCAUGUUCCUGAAGAUUUAAUUAAAUUAAAUACACGCAUGGUGUUUGGCCCGCGGUCAGGCUGUGACAGCGAGCAGCUAACACCUGUCUCUUAGCCCCGGUAGCUAGUUUGAUUGUGCGAUGGUUUUGACACAAAGAUGACCUGCACUUUGCACUGCUUAUGACCGACAGAGGAUCUCUGAACUAGCAGGUCAAAUUUGAGGUUCCACACAGGGUGACCCAUGCUUUCUGAUGAGCUUGACUCCAAACCAGAGCUGCUGGUGCAGUUUGUGCAGAACGCGUGCAUCCCGCUGGUGCAGGGUCUGGAGGACUCAGAGCCCAAACACUCCUGCCUGCCUCUGCUGACCCCAGCUGACAGCUCCCUAUGCAGCCCCCUGGAGCUCACAGAUGGAGGCCUGAGCCAUGAGCCUGAAACUUCUCCCUCCCUGUCAGAGUUUGGAGGCGUGUCAGAGCGAAGCCCGUUAGUGGUCCAGACACAUCCUCAUCAGCGGGCCUCACCCAGCCCCCCACCCAUCCUCCAUGACCUACAACAAUCAGACAGCACUUCCUAUGUUCUCCUGAACCUCGCAAAAGGCAUCACAGCCUCCUCAGAGUCCCUGAUCUUCGCCGCAGAUGGCGCCGGGGAUGAUGACGAUGAGGGGGUCUCAUCAGGCGACUAUGGGAUAGAUGGCAGUGCUCCCUGGUAUUUGCGGGUACAGGAGCUGGCACACGACAGCCUGAUUGCCGCCACGCGGGCACAGCUUGCGAGAGAUGCCAAAGCCAGCCAGGACGCCAGAGCUGCAAGUGUCAGCAACGGUGACCACACACACAGUUCGUCUGCAGACGGGGACAAGCGAGAGCUGGUGUCUCGGACCAGCCGCCCCCUCACCAAGCAGAUUCUCCGCUGCUCGUUUGAGGGCUGCUUCAGGACGUUCACCUGGCCGGCUCAUCUCAAAUACCAUCUUAAAACACACAGGAACGACCGAAUGUUCAGGUGCGGCGCAGAGGGCUGCGGGAAGAGCUUUUACGUGCUGCAGAGGCUGCAGGUUCACAUGAGGACUCACAACGGCGAGAAGCCCUACACCUGCAAGGAGAAGAACUGUGGCAAAAAGUUCACCACGGCUGGAAACCUGAAGAACCACAGACGCAUACACACAGGAGAGAAGCCUUUUCUGUGCGAAGCAGAUGGCUGUGGGCGAUCCUUUGCAGAGUAUUCCAGUCUACGAAAACACAUGCUCGUACAUUCUGGUGAGAAGCCUCAUCACUGUGGGAUCUGUGGGAAGACUUUCUCUCAGUCCGGCAGCAGAAACGUCCACAUGAGGAAGAGACACGGAGAGGAGGGGCUCAGCAGUGAAAGCAGAGAAACAGGAGAGGCUCUCACACAAAGCAGUCUGCUGGAGGCAGACGGCGAAAACGGAGACAGUUUGGUCACCAUGACAACAACUGUUGAACCUAUGAAUCUUCACCAUGCCAUGCUGAGAUCACCAGGCUCCGCGGACUCAGUGGUGGUUCUCUCUCAGCCACAUGAAUUGGUGACCAUGACGACCGAAGGCCACGCAUAUGGAGAAGACGUGGUAGCGCUGCUGUAAUCUGCCAUCAUGAAAAUGUCAAACUGCCUAUUUCAGCAGCACGAGACUGAGUCACAGUGGACUUAACAUACACGUCUAUUUGUAAAUAGAAUAAUUGCUGACUUUCACCCCUGUAGAUACUUGUAAUUAGCAACUGAUCAUGCUUUUAUUUUGACAAGCGUGAAACGGCAAAGUUUGUACAAACAACCUUUUUUCCUCAAGUUUUUGAAAACAAAUACUCCCAAAGAAAUACUGAGACGGGUUUAGAAAGUUUAUGAAAAUAUAAUGACCAUUAUUGUUGUAAACAGCAAUCUGUGGUUGAAAUGCAGUUAUAAUAUUCUCUAACAGAAAAUGAGUCCCACUUAUCUUUAAAACUCCAAUGGCUGAUAUGAUCGACUGUCAAAUUUAAAUGUACAAGACACUCGUAUAAGCCAUUAUUCUUAUUAAUAAUUCAAAGAAACAUGACAUUAAAAAGUACCCAAGCACAGUUCAUCACAUUACUGCAAGUAAACAGGAAAACCAGCCAAACAAGCCAGGGUGACCUGUUUAUCAGCCAAGAAAAAAAACAACUUUAACAAAUGGUGUACCCAGUAAUGCCCAAAUCUGCAUUAACUGAGUGUGUUAUUAACAACUUGCACUCAAAUGUCAACCUCCAGUGCUUCACUUGUUCUGAGUAAGGCAACACAUUGCUCAUUUACAGCUCAAUAUAUUAACACUUGAGAAUAACUGCUUUUUAAAAUAAAUUACUCAUGAGGUUAGUUCUGCCCUUACAAAACCCUCUGCAGAUGUCUGGGGCCAUUAGAUAAGGUAGUGCACAUUACCCUUGUUUGUUAUUGAGCACCACCUAAAUCAGCAGUGUUUGUUCCUCCCUUCUCCUUAGUGGAUCUUCAGGUUGU